CGUGCCACGAGCCCGCACAUCAGCCCACCCUUCGUUGACCCACGACAGCUACCGCGCGUGCGUCUCUUAGCGGCGGGUCUUCCCCACACCCAAGCAUCAUCCCUCUUUAUUACCCCAUCCCGCUCACCACCCUGUCAACCAUCUCUCUGGGACAGCCUUCCCCUACAACAACUCAGCUCAACCCGGUCAUCACAAUACAACACACACAAAACCAUCAACGGUCAACAGUACUCUGCAGAUAAUCAAGUUCGCCAGCAGACACAAGCCUCAUUAUUGCCCAGACAAAUCGAAACAGCAUAGUACAACUCACCCAUUCACAAUGUCGGGCGACUCCAGCUCCAACGGCAUGGGCCGGAGAGGCUCUGUCACCACCGCGGCCUUCACCAACCUCUUCCAGCGCAGCAACUCAAUGUCAGCCGGCAACGGCAAUGGCAGAGAAUCUGCCACAUCAGUCUCUGCCCGAGACCAGCGUCGGCGACUGUCUGUUACCACGCUGGGGCUUGGGGCACAGAACCCCACAACAGCUCCCUUCAGUGUCCGCCGAGGAAGCAUCUCGACCACCAGUUCUGACGCCAUCGACGAGAACGCUGUCGAAGAAGACGAGUACGCCAAGAACCCGCCAAACACACCUUUCACUCGUCGGAUGAGCUUCGGGGCUCCGUCCAUGCGGACCCCGCGCCCAGGCUCCGGCAGUCCAAAUGGUAGGAGCGUCUCUUCAGGAAACACACGCCCCUCACCACCCAGAGGUGUCUCCAACACAACCUUUCCCGCUCGAAGCCCAAGCAUUUCUCAGGCAAGCAAUACAACCACCGCAAGAACUCCUUCUGACAUGCUUUACGGCCGCUCAGACACUGGUUACAAUUGGUCUGAACAGCUUAGAUCUCGUGCCGAGAGCUCCGUCGCUGGUGCUCGACCCUCAUUUUCAACGAGCUUCUCAACCUCACCACCCCGUGGUUCUGUAUCCCAGGACCGUGCCAAAUCAGUAUCGGACAUGCCAGCCCCGCCACAGCAGGCUGCUGCCAUCAAGCCCAAGCAACCAGAGCGGCCUCGGCCAGAUGCCAUGCAGGAGAGGAUCCUGAAGGGCGACUUCUACAUGGAUUGAAGAAUGUGGAUCUUCAUCGACAAAAAUCUAUCAA